GAUCCCGGGAGCGGGGAGUGUGGGAAUGUGCGAAACGAGCUCUGCCCGCGGUUGGAAAUCAAAGCUCAUUUCCUGGGAGGGGGAAACAAUUCCCAGAAAAACCUGGGAGGAGGGAGGGAAGGGGGACGGACGGGGGGCGCUGGGGGUGACCCCGUGCCCGCCCUGCCCGUCCCCAGCGGCGUCAUGGAGAAAUCCUUCAUGGAAUACCUGGAUUUCUACGAGGGCGUGUGCAAGGAGAGGCUGCACCUGCAGGGCCAGACCAUGCAGGAUCCUUUCGGGGAGAAGCGCGGCCACUUUGACUACCAGGCUCUGCUGGGGCGGCUGCAGGGGCUGCGGGCGCGGCUGCAGGAGCGGCUGCAGCAGGACAGCGCCGACAUGGACUCGGAGAGCAGCUCCUCGGAGCCCGAGCCGGACACUCAGGGCUGCCCCAAGGCCUAACGAGGCCGGGCCCGGCCCCGGGACUGCAGCACAGCCGGGCCGGGAGAGCCGGCGGAUCCCUCCCUCCCUCCCUCCCUCCGGAGACUUCCCAGAGAAUUCCCAAAAAGAGACAAAGCCGAGCUCGGGACAGGCUCCUGUUGGACAAAAGGUACUUCCUGGCACGUGGCAUCAGGUUCUUUUUGGGGUUUUUUGGGGGGUUUUUUGGAGAACACCUACACUGGUUGGGGUUUUUUGCUUUUUUUUUUGGUUUUUUUUGGUUGUUUUUUUUUUUCCAGGUUUUUUUUUUGGUUUUUUUUUUGUUUCUCCGAUUAAAGAAUGAGCUCUAGACUGCAAA